AUGUCCCGGGAGGAGCCCCCGGCCGGGGAGGGCUCUGCCCGCGCCGCCAUCGACCGCCUCUGCCAGGACCUCAACCUGGACGCGGCCAGUGCCGCCGAGGCUCUGCGGGACUUCACGGCGCUGCGUGGCACGUACAGCCUGGAGACUGUCUGCAGUGUUCAUCCUCCAGGCCCUGUGCUUAUGAUCCGAUGCAGCACUGGCUUGCAGGAUGUCCUGGAACAUGUUAUCCCGAGUCCUCUUCUUCCUCCACCUUAUGUGGCUCCGCAGGUGUGGAGGGGGAGACUGAAGGCCACAGUGGCAACAGCUGAAGAUAAAACACACCGAGGUACUAUUGCUGGUGCAUUCAUUACAGAAAGUGAAACUUAAAUGUUGAGCUUGCUCCCCAAAAGUUUUAAGCACUACAUUCUCACUUCUGCUUGGGAUUUCUUGUGCAUGGCACCAAUCACUGCACCAGCCAUGGGAGAAGUGGUGCAUUGGUUGGCUUGUGCUCUAUAUGUUGCUUGUCGUAAAAGCAUACUUCCCACUGUUGGAAGUGGUCUUAUGGAAGGAAACUGCGUUUCACUGACUAGGAUACUACGGUCAGCCAAACUAAGUUUAAUUCAGUUUUUUAGUAAAAUGAAAAAGUGGAUGGACAUGUCAGACCUGCCGCAGGAAUUUCGGGAGCGAAUGGAGAGGCUAGAGAGAAACUUUGAAGUAUCGACUGUGAUUUUCAGAAAGUUUGAACCCAUAUUUUUGGAUGUAUUUCAAAACCCUUAUGAAGAAACACCUAAACCACAAAGGAGCAGAAAACAGAGAAGGAAGUGCAGUGUUAAAGAACUGUUCAACUUCUGCUGGACACUCUUUGUUUACACCAAGGGUAAUUUCCGUAUGAUUGGAGAUGAUUUAGUAAAUUCCUAUCAUUUGCUUCUGUGCUGCCUGGACCUGAUUUUUGCAAAUGCCCUUUUGUACCCAGAUAGGAGAGAGUUGCUAAAUCCAUCAUUCAAAGGUUUACCAGCAGACUUUCACACUGCUGAAGUCAAGGCCUCAGAAGAGCCUCCGUGCAUCAUUGCCACACUUUGUGAACUACAUGAUGGACUUAUGGUAGAAGCCAAAGGAAUAAAGGAACACUACUUUAAACCAUACAUUUCAAAGCUCUUUGAUAGGAAGAUUUUAAAAGGAGACUGCCUCUUGGAUUUUUGCAGCUUUGCAGAUAACAACAAAGCAUUGAAUAAGGAGUAUGAAGAGUAUGUUUUAUCAGUGGGUGACUUUGAUGAGAGGGUUUUCUUAGGAGCAGAUGCAGAAGAAGAAAUUGGAACUCCCCGAAAGUUUGCUGUUGACAUGCCAGUGGGGAAAACAACAACAAGAGCUCAUGUGGAGUGUCAUCUUCAGCAGCAUUUUGAAAAGAAAAGAUCAUUUGCACCUUCUACACCACUGACAGGAAGGAGAUACCUGAGAGAGAAGGAAGCGGUAAUCACUCCUGUUGCUUCAGCAACACAAAGUGUGAGCCGGUUACAGAGCAUUGUGGCUGGGUUGAAAAAUGCACCAAGUGAACAGCUUAUAGCUAUCUUCGAGUCUUGUGUACGCAACCCUAUGGAAAGCAUCAUGAAUCGAGUUAAAGAAAUAGGUGAGGCUUUCUGUCGGAGUUAUACUCAGUCAACAGAUGACCAGCCAGGAUCUCACAUAGAUUUUGCUGUUAACAGACUAAAACUGGCAGAGAUUUUGUAUUACAAAAUUUUGGAGACGAUAGUGGUACAAGAAACACGAAGAUUGCAUGGGAAAGACAUGACAGCUCUCUUGGAGCAAGAUAUUUUCCAUCGUUCCCUGAUAGCAUGUUGUUUGGAGAUUGUGCUAUUUGCAUAUAGCUCACUGCGAACUUUCCCUUGGAUUAUUGAGGUUCUUGAUCUCCGACCAUUCUAUUUUUAUAAGGUGAUUGAAGUAUUGAUUCGGUCUGAGGAAGGACUCUCCAGAGACAUGGUGAAGCACCUCAACAACAUUGAAGAACAGAUUUUGGAGAGUCUAGCCUGGACCAGCGACUCUGCCCUAUGGAAAGCUCUACAAGCCUCAGAAAACAAGGUCCCAACCUGUGAAGAAGUAAUAUACCCAAGUAAUUUUGAAGCCGGUAAUGGAGGAAGUGGACUAGGGCACCUCCCUAUGAUGCCAGUAUCGCCUAUUGUGCAUCCCCGGGUGAAAGAGGUUCGCACAGAUCUUGGUGGAAGUUUACGACGGGACAUGCAGCCGUUGUCUCCGAUCUCUGUUCAUGAGCGCUACAGUUCUCCUACAGCUGGAAGUGCUAAGAGAAGGCUCUUUGGCGAUGACAGCCCAAAAGACAUGCAGGUAGAAAAGGUUCUCUCUGAAGGAACGAAGUUGAAAAUUGCCUCAGCUUCAAGCGUUGCUGCUGAAAAUAUCUCUCUCUCACCGGGACAGACAAUUUUGACCAUGGCAACAGCUACUGUAACAGGGACAAUGGGACAGAAAGUUACAAUCCCACUGCAUGGUAUUGCAAACGACACUGGAGGGAUCACCUUGAUUCCCAUUUCAGUGAAUUUAUCUCAGCAGUCUAAAGUGGAGAGUCAUGGACAAGUACCUCUCACUGCUCAAGCUUUAAUUGAUGCAUCUCCAAACCAUUCCCGUAUGAAUCAAGCACAGGAAGCACAUCAGUCAGCAGGAAGCAAACCAAAGAAAACUGGCUCCCUGGCACUGUUUUACAGAAAGGUGUAUCAUCUGGCAAGUGUGCGCUUGCGUGAUUUGUGCUUAAAACUGGAUGUUUCCAUUGAGUUGCGCAGGAAGAUAUGGACAUGUUUUGAGUUCACUUUAGUUCAUUGCACUGAUCUAAUGAAAGACAGACAUUUGGAUCAGCUCCUUCUUUGUGCCUUUUACAUUAUGGCAAAGGUGACCAAAGAGGAAAGAACUUUUCAGGACAUAAUGAAAAGCUACAGAAACCAGCCACAAGCAAACAGCAAUGUUUACAGGAGUGUUUUGUUGAAAAAUAGUCCCAAAGAGGUCACAUCAGAAAAUACAAAUUUAACCCAAGAUGUGGAGAUGACAGGUGGUGACUCUCCUGGGAAAGUGUCUCUUUCACUUGUAAGAUCAACACCAGAGAACUCAAGUGAAUCGGGAAAGGAGGAGAGAGGAGAUCUGAUAAAAUUUUACAAUGCAGUCUAUGUAGGAAGAGUAAAAUCAUUUGCACUCAAGUACGAUGUCACAAACCAGGAUCAUGUAAUGGAAGCGCCUCCACUUUCCCCGUUCCCCUACAUUAAACAGCAGCCAGUGUCUCCUCGGCGGAUAUCCCAGCAACACUCUGUUUAUGUUUCACCACACAAGAAUGGUGCCUGCCUGACGCCUCAGACUGCUCUACUAUACAAGUUUAAUGGGAGCCCUUCUAAGAGUUUGAAGGACAUCAACAAUAUGAUAAAACAAGGUGAACACAGGAGUAAGAAGCGAGCAAUUACAAUUGACAGUGACAGUGAGUCUCCAGCAAAACGACUCUGCCAGGAAAAUGAUGAUGUCUUACUAAAACGUCUUCAGGAUGUUGUCAGUGAAAGAGCAAAUCACUAA